AUGUUUCCCCGGCUCUGUCAGGCGACGCUCCUGUAUAUUAUCCUACUCGCAAUUGGGAACGCGGGGGUUGCUGCCCGAAAGCUGAUGACGAAGGACGGGCUCCGCGCACACCAGCAAGAGGCAGCGAAGAGCUGGGUGCCGACAAGACGUGCAAAUGGAUCUGGAGGCGUCCAGAACAUAACAUUCGCUAAUCCCCGAGCUUCAGAAUUCUAUGUGGAUGGCGCUAAUAUUCCUCUGGUGCUUUUCGAUGUUGGUCCUAGUUGGGCAGGACUGCUUCCCAUUAGCAGCGAUGCCAAUGAGACUAGACAGCUGUUCUUCUGGUUUUUCCCUCCUGGCCCCGAAGGCAGCCUAGACGACCUGAUAUUCUGGACAAACGGAGGCCCGGGAUGCUCUUCACUUGAAGGCUCCUUGCAGGAAAACGGGCCUUUCACUUGGUCCUGGGGGCAGGCGCAUCCAACUGUUAAUGAGCAAAGCUGGACGAACCUGUCCAGCAUCCUCUACGUCGAGCAGCCCGUGGGUACUGGCUUCUCCUUAGGAGUGCCGAACAUUCAGAAUGAAGACGAACUCGCGGAACAGCUGGUUGGCUUCCUUCAGCAAUUCUUUGAAGUGUUUUCGGAACUGAAAGGCAAAAAUCUAUACCUGACGGGGGAAAGCUAUGCUGGAAUGUACAUCCCGUACACCGCCAAUUACAUAUACGAGAACCCUGAUCUCUUGGAUCUAUCGCUGAAGGGCUUCUGGAUCUCUGAUCCUCUGAUCUCCUGGGAUGUCGUACAAGAGGAGAUCCCCGCUGUCGACUUUGUUCACAGCUACCUGAACGUAUUCUCCCUCAAUGAGACCUUCAUGGCUGAGCUGGAUGCCACGGCUGCUGCAUGCAAUUACACGGGUUACUAUGAGAAGUAUGUGACCUACCCGCCCGCAGGUCAACUGCCACUUCCUGGCAGUUCUGUCGAGUUUGAUCCCGGCUGUGAUGUCUGGGAUGCGAUCUUUUACGCUGCGUUGAUCGUGAAUCCAGCCUUUAACGUCUAUCGGAUCUUUGACACUUAUCCUAUUCUGUGGGAUGUGCUCGGCUUCCCAGGCUCUUUCCCACAAACUCAAACACCGAUAUACUUCAAUCGCGAUGACGUCAAGGCCCACAUCCACGCUCCGAUGUGGGUUAACUGGACAGAAUGUUCGAACAUCAACGUCUUCCCGAAUGGCGAUGCAAGUCUCCCGCCUGUGUUCACCGUCCUGCCGAGCGUGAUUGAGAAGAGCGAGCGGGCAGUGAUUGUCCACGGUUUGGCGGACUUCGUGUUGCUGUCACAAGGGGCAAGAAUCGCAAUCCAAAAUAUGACUUGGAACGGUCUGCAAGGGUUCCAAAGCCCCAUUGAGAAUGACAGCUUCAUCGUUGAUGGAAUCGGCGCUCUCGGAAACGCACACUACGAGCGAGGACUUGCUUACUAUGAAGUUGACCUGAGCGGGCACAUGGUGCCACAAUUUUCUCCUGUGGCCGCAUUCCAGAUCAUGGAGUAUCUGAUGGGAUUCAGGGACGAUCCCUACUGA